AUGAGCUGCAGCAUCAAGAGAACAUCCAGCACCUCGUACCGCAGCGGCGGCGGUGGCGGUGCCUGCGGUGGCGGGAGCGGCCGCAGCUCCUCCGUCUCCUGCAGGCGCUACGCCUCCUCCGUCGUCGGCGGGGGCAGCUAUGGGGGGGGAGCGUGUGGCACUGUCUAUGGUGGGGGCAUGAGCGCAGGCAGCCUCACUGGGGGCUUUGGGGGUUGCAUGGGGGGGGGCUUUGGUGGCGGUUUUGGGGGAAGCUUUGGUGCCGGAGGGGACCUCCUGCUCAGCGGCAAUGAGAAGGUCACCAUGCAGAACCUCAAUGACCGCCUGGCCGCCUACCUGGACAAGGUGCGAAGGCUGGAGGAAGAAAAUGCUCAGCUGGAGCACCACAUCCGGGAGUGGUACAGGAAACAAGCUCCCGGCGUUUCGAAGGACUACAGCUCCUAUUACCAGACCAUUGAACAACUCCAGAACCAGAUCAUUGCUGCCACUGUAGAGAAUAACAAAAUGGUUCUGGACAUUGAUAACAGCAAGAUGACAGCUGAUGACUUCCGGAUGAAGUAUGAGAAUGAGUUGGUAAUCCGUCAGACUGUGGAGGCUGACAUUAAUGGCUUGAGAAACAUCCUGGAUGAUCUCACUCGCACUCGGUCUUCCCUGGAAUCUGAGCUCGAGGUCCUGAAGGAUGAGCUGAUUGCUCUUAAGAGAAACCAUGAGGAGGAGAUGAGGCAGCUGCAGUCUCAGACUGGAGGUGAUGUGAGUGUGGAGGUCAAUGCUGCCCCUGGACAAGACCUCACCAAGAUACUGAAUGACCUGAGGAACGAAUACGAGCAGAUCAUUGACAAGAACCGCAGAGAGGUGGAGCAGUGGUAUGAAGUCAAGAUCGAAGAAGUCAACCGUGAGGUCACUUCGAGCAGCCAGGACAUCCAGACAAGCAGCCAACAGCUCACGGAGCUGAGGCGUGAAAUGCAGAACCUGGAGAUCGAGCUGCAGGCGCAGCUCAGCACGAAAGGCUCUCUGGAGAACUCCUUGGCAGAAACCGAAUCUCGCUACGGCUGCCUGCUGCAACAGAUCCAAGGGCAGAUCAACUCUGUAGAGGAGGAGCUGGCCAGCAUCCGCUGUGAGAUGGAGAGUCAGAACCAGGAGUACAAGAUGCUCCUGGGCAUCAAGACCCGCCUGGAGCAGGAGAUUGCUCAGUACCGGGCUCUGCUGCAGGAGGGACAGCAGGACAUUGUAACAUCUCAAGGAGCUCUCCAAGGAGGGGGAAUGUCCUCCCACACUUCUUAUUCUACUUCCUACUCUCAUGGGCAAUCCAGUGAUAAGGCAGGUAAGAAACACGUUCCAAAGAGGAUCCUAAUUUCCUGCUUCCCUGGCUUUCAUAUUUUUGCUUCAUCCCUUUUCCUGCUGGUACUACCCCUUUUGCAAUCACAAUGGGGAUUAAAGCAUUCACAACCAAAUCUCUUAAUUUCAAGGUGUCUUAGCUGCAGUUACAGGAGCAAGCUAAGCUGCUUUCCCAGGCUUUUGGUAACAGAUGGACACUUAAAUACUGGAUACAUUUGA